AUGUCGUCUUCUCCAGCGCCGCCUCGCCGGAAGCCACUGAAGCAGAGAUCCAUGAAGCGGCCUGACAACAACGGGGCGAAGAAGACGAAGCGUGAGAAGGGACGUCACAGGAGGAAGGACGAGGGACAGGCCAAGGGAAGGUCACGCCAUGAGGGAAACAUCGACGAAGACGACGGCGACAUUGCCGCAGAAAUUGAGAUGGACGAGCCUGAGCGCUUCCAGUCGGACACGCGACUGCGCCAUCGGGGAGAAACCUCAUACCAACGCAAGCUGCGCAAACUGAAAAACAAACGCCGUGGGAUCGUUGAAUCAUCAACAGAGGAAUCCUCGUCCGAUGAGGACUCUGACAGCGACGACAGCGAUGAUAGCCAGGACUUCCUCACAGACAGCGGCGAAUCCCUAGCUGAAGGUGUGAUGCCCGCCGAGUUCUCCCUCAAUGCUGCCCAGACAACCGAAUUCAAGUUCAAGGUCACUCAGCUCGACCAGCCAAAGGACCAUUGCGACGCCUGUAACCGACACAAGCAACACUGCUAUAAUCAGGUUGCGCUCGGUGGCUUCCCAUACGACAAGGAUAGUCAUCAGAUGGUGGAUGACAGUGACAGCGAUGACGAAGAGCUGGACCCAAUGCACAUGGGGCGGCAUUGUAAGACAAUAGCUCAGCUAUACCAUGCUCUGUGUCAUUGGGAGGACAAUCUGUACCAUCGGAUAUGCGGCUACUACCGUGACCUCCUGCGAGCAAAGCACAAGCCUGUACCAAGUGAUUCGGAGGCCAGCACUUCCUCGGGUCCUGAUUCCGAAUCGGAUCCAGAGGAACAACAAGUGCGCCGGCAAGACCGCGAGCGACGUCGUGCAAGGACGCAACAGCGGGUUAGGAAAUUACGACAGCGGGGCCCUCUUCCGAAAGAGUACAGGGAUGUGGACAGGGUGACUGAGUGGAUGGACACCGUGGGUUAUCAGAACAAGGACUACCGGUGGUUCCAAGACUUGGAAGAGCAAUGCCGAUUGCUCGAGGCCGACAAUUCCCGUGAUUAG